AUGAGUGCUGGGCGCGAGCCACGCCCCACGGUCUCGUUCGCGGCGCUGGCGACGUCCGAGGCGUUCGUAGGUGCGCUGUUACGCGACGUCAAUAUCCUAGUGCAUUCCUUUGCGCUCACAUGGUCAUGGCUCGACGGCCAAACGGCACAGCCCCCUGCGCCGCCGGUGCCCCUCCGGUGGGAGUACGGCGCGCUGCUGGUAUUCGAGCGCGUGUGGACGCGCAACCAGUGGCAGCAGCUUCCGAGCCUGUUUGGAAGUGAUCCGAGUACGCGCCGUGCAUUUUACGAGUCCACAGCCCGCGCCUUCCUUGAUACCAUUGCCCAGGCCGAAUCCGACGUCUCGCUCCUGCAUGCGGUCGGUGCGCUAAUGGGCCUAUACCUCUUGUGGUCGGGGCAGGGCACGCCGAUGGUAUGGCCGUCGAUCGGCGUCGACAAAGCCACUUUCUUGCAAGUGUUUGCCUUGCCGGAGCGCGCGCGGCGUGUCCUGGACACGGGCGUCGCGCCGGGGCACACGCCACCGUCGGCGGACGUGUGGUACACAGUGCAGGUGCUGCUGGGCCGUGCAAGCCGGACGCAGGGACCUGUGCUCGUGUUGCACGUACCGAAAGCGCCUACGCGCCUCGAGGCACAGACGACGCUCAUGCCACGGGGCGAGCGCGCAACGCGCCCUAGUACCCACGGCGAGGUAGGGCGCCGCAACGAGCUCGUACUGCGUUCCGAGACGAGCCACGCGCCGAGCCAGGAGCAGGUGCACGCCUCAAUCGUCGACAUGCUCGGCAUUCCACAUCCCCAGGCGCAGCCGGUCGGCAGCAGCCGCGCGACCGCGCAGUCGCUCGAUGCGCUGGUGCAGUCGCAAGGCGCGUACGUCGGUGCACGCAAUGCGCUGCGCGACGUGACCUCGGGCGUGCCUGGCCUUUAUGACGAACAAGACGCCAUGGCGUUUCCCACAUUCAUGUAG